GCCACAGGUACAAAUGGCCACCUUAUCUCUUUCCACGCUCACCUUUGAUGUUCUUCAGCUAAGUCUCUUGCAGUUAGUUAAAACCUUGUGAAGUUAACGAACUUCUGAUACUUUGUCCUACGAUGAAACCUUCUUUUUUCCCUGAACAACUCCAACUAUAAAUAUGUCCAAGCCAAUUCGUGCACCAACAUGGGUUUCCAGGAGAAGACUCUUCGAAGAUAAACUAUGGGCACUCCACAAAUGCACAAACAUAAACCACUUGAAGCAAGUUCACGCAUUCGUAUAUAAAUUCAACCUUCACAAAGACCCAUUUGUCGCGCGAAAACUCAUCUCCGCGUUCUCGAGUUGUCGCCAAAUGGUAUUGGCUCUCAACGUUUUCAAUCAAAUUGAAGAGCCUAAUGUGCAUUUGUACAAUUCCAUGAUCAGAGGCUACUCUGAAAACUUUCAAUCCUCACUAGCCUUUGCAAUUUUCUUCGAAAUGCAAAGUUGUGGUGUUUUGCCCGAUAAUUUUACGUACCCGUUUCUUUUAAAGGCUUGUUGUGGGCAAUCUUGGCUGGAAAUUGUGAAAAUGGUUCAUACCCAUAUUGAAAAAUUUGGGUUCUCUGCGGAUAUAUUCGUGCCCAACUCUUUAAUUGAUAUCUAUGCGAAAUGUGGUUCUUCAGGUGUUAAUUAUGCUAAGGGUUUAUUUAAUGUGAUGGUAGAGAGAGAUAUUGUUUCUUGGAAUUCUAUGAUUAGUGGGUUGAUGAGAGCUGGUGAAUUGGACGAAGCUCGAAAAUUGUUUGAUGAAAUGCCCGAGAGAGAUACUAUUAGUUGGAAUACUAUGUUGGGUAUGUAUACAAAGGCUGGAGAGAUGAAUAUGGCGUUUGAGAUUUUCAAGAAGAUACCCGAGAGGAAUGUUGUUUCUUGGUCGACCAUGGUUUCGGGCUAUAGCAAAUCUGGGGAUAUGCAAUUGGCUGGAUUAUUGUUUGAUAAGAUGCCUGUGAAAAAUUUGGUAGCGUGGACUAUAAUAAUAUCUGGGUAUGCUGAAAAAGGGCUUGCAAAGAAGGCAAUUGGCUUGUAUGAUCAAAUGGAGAAGAGUGGAUUGAAUCUUGACGAUGGUACUAUUAUUAGUAUUUUAGCUGCUUGUGCAGAGUCUGGGUUUCUAGGAUUGGGUAAGAGAGUUCACGAAUCCAUCGAGAAAAACAAAUUUAAGUGUAGUAAUCAAGUGUGCAAUGCUUUGAUUGAUAUGUAUGCCAAGUGUGGCAGCUUGGAUGCAGCAUUGAGAGUAUUCAAUGAGAUGAAGAAGAGAGACUUAGUGUCUUGGAAUGCUAUGAUCCAUGGGUUAGCAAUGCAUGGACAUGGCAAGAAAGCACUUCAGCUUUUCUCUAGAUUGAAUAAAGAAGGUUUUGCACCUGAUGAAGUGACCUUUGUUGGUGUUUUAUGUGCUUGUAAUCACGCGGGGUUUAUUGAUGAGGGAAAGCAUUAUUUCUAUACUAUGGAGAGAGAUUACGGGGUUGUUCCAGAAAUUGAACAUUAUGGUUGCAUGAUUGACCUUUUGGGUCGAGGGGGGCGGCUUAAGGAAGCAUUGAGGCUGGUGCAUAGCAUGCCAGUUGAACCCAAUGCUAUUAUUUGGGGUGCCCUUUUAGAGGCCUGCCGAAUGCAUAAUGCUGUGGGACUUGCAGAGGAGGUUCUUAAUCACUUGGUUGAAUUAGAACCAACGGAUGCAGGAGACUUUAAUACAUUGUCAAAUAUAUAUGCUGCAGCUGGAGAGUGGGGCGGUGUUCCUAAUGUAAGGUUGCGAAUGAAGAAUACUUGCACACAAAAGCCAUCAGGAGCUAGUUCAAUAGAGUUGGAUGCUGAGUUUCAUGAAUUUACUGUAAUGGAUACAUCACACCCUAAAUCAGAUGGGAUAUAUGAGAUGGUCAAUGGAUUGAGCCAGCAUAUUAAGCAGGUUGGUUAUGUCCCAGUGGCAUGUUGCUAAAGUGUUUUCCUGAUAAAGUUUGAGAGGACACUGUAUUUUUUUUUUCUGGCAAGUGAGAGGACACACUAUUACGAUGAUGGCUAUGGUGCAAAGGAUCCCUUUUCAGAGUGGCAAGAGCUGUUUGGGUAAGUCCAAGAUUGAAGAAUGUGGAGAAAGUCCUUGCAAAUGCUCUGGUUAUGCUCUUUGUCCAGGCAUGAACUGAGGUUUCUCCUAAUGUAAAAAAGAUUACACCGUUCAUUUUUUUUGAUUCCGUUCGUUGUUCAUAUACGUAUAUUUAACAAAACUUUGAGCAACUUGUUAAUGAUCUUGCUAUAUUUGUGAAUAAAAGAAUGUAAGUUUUAAUUAGUGAUGUAGAACCUUGUUUUGUGCAUU